AUGUCGACUCAAGAAAAUCAGAACAAGCCUGAGGGCCUGUCCAAGUAUAUCAAACGUAUGAGGACCGUUUUGAAGAAAGGUUCCACCAAGUCCUCUAUCUCCAGCACGAAGGAUAUCACCGGCAAGGCUAGUACUGGCACUCCUGCCCAGGCUGUCAAGGCUCCCUUUAACAAUGCUGAAGCCCCAAUCGAGCCACACCCCAACCCCGGAGAACUCUCCACCAAGAUCCAAGAACCGACCGUGGUUUCCCACUGGAGCGCCGUCCAACAAGCCAAAGCCCAGGCUCUCUUCGCCAAAUACGGCCUUUCCCUCGAACCCGGCGAAUGGAAAUCCCCGAGCGACAUGACCGUCCAACGAGUCACCAAGCCGAUCCGCAUGCGCGUCCGCCGCACCUGUCACCGCUGCCAGACCACCUUCGGCCCCGACAAAGUCUGUGUCAACUGCCAGCACACCCGCUGCAAGAAAUGUCCCCGCUACCCGGCGCCGAAGAGCAAGCCCACCGAGCCAGAGCAAGGUGCUGUCCGGGCGCUGCUGGAGGAGAAGAAGGCGAGGAGUGCUCGGCCGGUUGAAUUGCCGCGGACGACUCAGAAGGCGGAACUUACGAUUCCUUCGCGAAGUGGUGGACAGGAUUUGGUUCGGAGACCGGUUCGACAGCGUGUGAGACGGACUUGUCAUAAGUGUGAGACUUUGUUUCCGACGGAGGAUGCGACCGAGUGUAUCAAUUGUGGACAUUUGAGGUGCAAGAUAUGUCCACGCGAUCCACCCAAACUACGCAAAUGGCCCGACGGAUACCCAGGAGACGCCGAACCAUCCAUCGAUAUACCCCAGCGAACCUGGCGAAAGCCUCGCCAGCGAGUCCGCUACACUUGUCACGUAUGCACCACGCUGUAUCGAUCCGGAGAACGAAACUGUUCCAGCUGUGGCCAGGAAAGGGGACCAUCCACGAUACGGGAUCCACCCAAGAAAAUCAAACCGGAAUUCGACCCGGAGGUUGUGAUGCGCGUUCAAGAGCGAUUGGCGCAGAUGAAUUUUGGUGCUUGA